AUGGUUAUGGUUUUAAGAUAUGUUGAUACAAAUGGCUUUGUGCGAGAACGAUUUUAUGGGAUUGUUCAUGUUGUUGACACUACAGCAGUAACCCUUAAAAAGGAGAUAUAUUAUUUGUUCUCCAAUUAUUGCUUAGAUAUCCAAAACAUUCGGGGGCAAGGAUAUGAUGGUGCAAGCAAUAUGCGGGCUUCUGACAUUGCAUAUUUGAUUGAUAUUGAAGAGCUUGAGACUGGGAAAGGACUUAAUCAGAUGGAACUAAAUCAUCAGUUUAGUGAGCAUGCCAUGGAGUUACUUACGCUUAGCUCAGCUUUAGACCCUCGAGAGGCAUAUGAAUCUAUUAGAGUCAAUGAUAUUUGUUCAUUGGUAGAUAAUUUCUAUCCAAUAGACUUCAUAGAUAAUGAAAAGAAUGAUUUGAAAAAGGAACUUGAUCUUUAUAAGUAUGAUGUAGUUCAGCAUUCAGGGUUCAAGAAUUUGAAAAAUAUUUCAGAAUUGUGCCAAUGGAUGGUGAGAACUAGAAAAUCAGAAUACUAUCCACUUAUUUCUAGAGUGGUCAAGCUUGUGCUUACUCUUCCCAUUUCUACUGCAAUUACAGACAAAUACUACAAAAGCUCAAGAAUGAGGUUUCGAGCAUUUUCCCUUGUCCUGAUGAUGGUGAGCUCUUGCUUGGCUGCAGAAAAAAAGACUUUAUCGGCCAAAAUGAAUAUGAAAGCUCAAAAGCCGCUUUUUGAUAAUGAAAAAGUUGACGUUGGGUAUGGUGGAAGCACUGUGAAUAAUCAUCAUUACAUUCUUAGGGAGGAUUUCAAUAACAACAACAAUGGUGGCAGCGGUAACAGUGGGAAUGGCAAUGGGUAA